AUGGGUGUCGGCUGGAGGAAGCUGGCCCUGCUCUGGGCCCUGGGCCUCACUCUGGCCUGUGCCCAGCACACAGGCCAGGCCCGGGACAGCACUGCAGAGCUCGGCUAUGCGUACCCGGACCUCCCUCCUGCCCCCCAGGGGCCUGGCGGCAACUCCCUCCGCGGGGUGACCAUCCACCCGCCUCUGAGGAGGACCCCCCUGGUGCGAGCCCUGAACGCGGCGCACCGCGGGCGGGUGUGCAGCACGUGGGGCAACUUCCACUAUAAGACCUUCGACGGCGACGUCUUCCGCUUCCCCGGGCUGUGCAACUACGUCUUCUCUGCGCACUGCGGUGCCGCCUACGAGGACUUCAACCUCCAGCUCCGCCGCGGCCCAGGCCCCAAUGCCACCGUGCCCAGCAGGGUCACCAUGAAGCUUGACGGCAUGGUCGUCGAGCUGACCAAGGGCUCCGUCCUGGUCAACAGCCGCCCAAUUCAGCUGCCCUUCAGCCGCUCCGGAGUCCUCAUUGAGCAGCGCAGCAGCGGCGUGAAGGUGGCGGCCAGGCUGGGCCUGGUCUUCAUGUGGAACCAGGAUGACAGCCUCCUGCUGGAGCUGGACGCCAAGUACGCCAACCGGACCUGCGGGCUCUGCGGGGACUUCAACGGCGCCCCCGUCUUCAACGAGCUCUCCUCUCACAACAUGAAGCUGACCGCCACCGAGUUUGGGAAUCUUCAGAAGAUGGACGGCCCCACGGAGCAGUGUCAGGACCCUGCCCCUGAGCCCCCCGUGAACUGCUUGACCGGUUUUGACAUCUGCGAGGAGAUGCUGAGCAGCGAGCCGUUCUCGGGCUGUGCCGCCCUGGUGGACGCCAGCAGCUACCUGGAGGCCUGCCGGCAAGAUCUCUGCCACUGUGGCCAGGCCAACCUCACCAGCUGCCUCUGUCCCACCCUUGCCGAGUACUCCCGCCAGUGCACCCACGCCGGGGGGCUGCCCCUGGACUGGCGGGGCCCCCAGCUCUGCCCCCAGACGUGCCCCCUCAACAUGCAGUACCGCGAGUGUGGGUCGCCCUGCGUGGACACCUGCUCCAACCUGGAGCACUCCCAGCUCUGCGAGGACCACUGCAUUGCCGGCUGCUUCUGCCCCGAGGGGACGGUGCUGGAUGACGUUGGCCACACUGGCUGCAUCCCGGUGCCCCAGUGCUCCUGUGUGUACAACGGGGCCACCUACACUCCAGGGACCAGCUACUCCACAGACUGCACCAACUGCACCUGCUCUGGAGGCCGGUGGAGAUGCCAGGAGGUGCAGUGCCCGGGCACCUGCUCGGUGCUGGGUGGUGCCCACUUCUCCACGUUCGACGAGAGGCAGUACACGGUACACGGGGACUGCAGCUACGUGCUGGCCAAGCCCUGUGACAGCAGCGCCUUCACCGUGCUGGCCGAGCUGCGCAGGUGUGGACUGACCGACAGCGAGACCUGCCUGAAGAGCCUGACGCUGACCCUGGGCGGGGGGCACAUGGUCUUCGUGGUAAAGGCCAGCGGGGAGGUGUUUGUGAACGAGAUCUACACCCAGCUGCCCCUCUCGGCAGCCAACGUCACGCUCUUCAGACCCUCCAGCUUCUUCAUCAUCGCCCAGACCCAGCUGGGCCUGCAGCUGGACAUCCAGCUGGUGCCCAUCAUGCAGGUGUUCGUGAGGCUGGCUCCCCAGCUCCAGGGGCAGACCUGCGGCCUGUGCGGGAACUUCAACCAGAACCAGGCCGACGACUUCCGGACCAUCAGCGGCGCGGUGGAGGGCACGGCCGCCGCCUUCGCCAACACCUGGAAGACCCAGGCCGCCUGCCCCAACGUCAAGAACAGCUUGGAGGACCCCUGCUCCCUCAGCGUGGAGAGCGAGAAAUACGCUCAGCACUGGUGCUCCCGGCUGACAGACCCCCACGGUCCCUUCACCCGGUGUCACGCUGCUGUGAGCCCCAGCGCCUACUACUCGAACUGCAUGUUUGACACGUGCAACUGUGAGAAGAGUGAGGACUGCAUGUGCGCGGCCCUGUCCUCCUACAUGCGGGCCUGCGCCGCCCGGGGCGUGCUGCUUGGCGGCUGGCGGGACGGCGUGUGCACAAAGGCCAUGACCACCUGCCCCCAGUCGCUGACCUACCUCUACAACAUCAGCACCUGCCCGCCCACCUGCCGGGCCCGGAGCGAUGCGGACGUCACCUGCAGCAUCAGCUUCGUCCCAGUGGACGGCUGCACCUGCCCUGACGGCACCUUCCUGGAUGAUACGGGCAAGUGUGUGCCGGCCGCCAGCUGCCCCUGCUACCAUGGGGGCUCCGUGGUCCCCAACGGGGAGUCGACGCACGAGCAGGGGGUCGUCUGCACCUGCACCCAGGGCACACUGACCUGCAUCGGAGGCCACGUCCCAGCUCCAGUCUGUACCCCACCCAUGGUCUACUUUGACUGCCGCAAUACCACGCCUGGGGCCACUGGGGCUGGCUGUCAGAAGAGCUGCCACACCCUGGACAUGGACUGUUACAGCUCCCAGUGUGUGCCUGGCUGUGUGUGUCCCCACGGGCUGGUGGCCACUGGCGACGGCGGCUGCAUCCCUGUGUCCGACUGCCCUUGUGUGCACAACGAGGCCAGCUACAAGCCGGGCCAGAUCAUCCGGGUGGGCUGCAACACCUGCACCUGUAAGAGCCGCAUGUGGCAGUGCACAGACCAGCCCUGCCCGGCCACCUGCGUGGUGUACGGCGACGGUCACUACCUGACCUUCGACGGGCGGCUCUAUAGCUUCAGCGGGGACUGCAGGUACACGCUGCUCCAGGACCACUGUGGGGGGAAUGGCAGCGCCCAGGACGGCUUCCAUGUCAUCACCGAGAACGUCCCCUGUGGCACCACCGGGACCACCUGCUCCAAGACCAUCAAGAUCUUCCUGGGGAGCCACGAGCUGCAGCUGAGUGACGGGAACGUGGAGGUGAUCGAGAAGGAACAGGGGCAGCCGCCACCCUUCUCCAUCCGCCAGAUGGGCAACUACCUGGUGGUAGACAUGGAUGUCGGCCUGGUGUUGCUGUGGGACAAGGGGACCAGCAUCUUCCUCAGACUCAGCCCCGAGUUCAAGGGUAGGGUCUGCGGGCUGUGUGGGAACUUUGACGACAACGCCCUCAAUGACUUCACCACGCGGAGCCAGUCCGUGGUGGGCGACGUGCUGGAGUUCGGCAACAGCUGGAAAUUCUCCCCGUCCUGCCCGGACGCCCAGGCCCCCAAGGACCCCUGCACCGCCAACCCGUACCGCAAGUCCUGGGCCCAGAAACAGUGCAGCAUCAUCAACAGCGGCACCUUCGGCGCCUGCCACGCCCACGUGGAGUCGGCCAGGUACUACGAGGCCUGCGUGAGCGACGCGUGCGCCUGUGACUCGGGGGGCGACUGCGAGUGUUUCUGCACGGCCGUGGCUGCCUACGCCCAGGCCUGCCACGAAGCGGGCGUGUGCGUGUCCUGGCGGACCCCGGACAUCUGCCCCCUGUUCUGCGACUACUACAACCGCAAGGGCCACUGCGAGUGGCACUACCAGCCCUGCGGGGCCCCCUGCCUGAGGACCUGCCGGAACCCCCACGGCCGGUACCUGCACGACGUCCGCGGCCUGGAAGGCUGCUACCCCAAGUGCCCAUCAGAGGCCCCCAUCUUCGAUGAGGACAAGAUGCAAUGUGUAGCUUCAUGCCCAACGCCCUGCCGCGUCCAGGGCAAGUCCUACGGGCGGGGCUCCGCGGUGCCCUCGGAAAAGAACUGCCACUACUGCGUUUGCACUGAGAGCGGCGUGCAGUGCACCUACGACUCUGAGGCCUGUGUCUGCACCUACGAUGGGAGGCGCUUCCGUCCCGGGGAAUUCAUCUACCACACGACAGACGGCACGGGGGGCUGCAUCUCCGCCCGCUGUGGGGCUAACGGCACCAUCGAGAGGAGGGUCGAAGCCUGCAGCACUACCACCCGCACCCCCCAAACCACCUUCACCUUCUCUACACUGAUCGUCGUGAGCUCGACGCUUCCACCCAGCACACACCUCAGCCUGUCUGAAAAGGCAGCACACACGCCGAGCUCGGCCCCGGCCACCACCCUGGGCACAUCCCCUGGACCAACCCUUCCCACAGCCUCCGCCCCGCCCUCGUCCCGGCCCCGCUGUGGGGAGGAAUGCCAGUGGUCGCCAUGGCUGGAUGUCAGCCGCCCGGGACAGGGCAUAGACAGCGGUGACUUCGACACGCUGGAGAACCUCCGUGCCUAUGGGUACUGGGUUUGCCAAGUGCCGAGGGUGGUGGAGUGCCGAGCCGAGGGUGCCCCCGAGGUGCCGCUGGAAGUCCUGGGGCAGCGCGUGGAGUGCAGCCCAACGGUGGGGCUGACCUGCUACAACAGGGACCAAGCCUCUGGGCGUUGUGACAACUACCAGAUCAGGAUCCUGUGCUGUUUCUCCCGGGCCUGCCCCACUAGCAGCACAGAGACCACCCCGUCUGCAGCCUUCAGCACAACUGAACCUGGGCCCACGCCAGGAACCAGCAGGGUUACAUCUGUGCCAACAGGGAGCACAGGUUCCUCAGCCCCUGUCACCACACCUGGCCCAACCACUGCCUCUACGACUAGCAGAACACCUGGCCCAGGUACCUCAACAACCGGGAGAAUAACCCCCUCGACCCCCAGCCCAACGCCAGUUUCAACAACAGUUUCAACCACAACCUCUGUGUCAACCACAACCCCCGCGCCCUCAUCUGAGCCAACCCAGGUCACCUGUUUACAAGAAACGUGCACCUGGACCAAGUGGAUGGACGGCAGCUACCCUGGGGCAGGGAGGAACAGUGGAGAUUUUGACAGUUUUCAGAAUCUGAGAUCCAAAGGUUAUAAAUUCUGUGCAAACCCCAAGAACGUGGAAUGCCGGGCAGAAGUCUUUCCUAACACCUCACUGCAGGCACUGGGGCAGCACCUGAUCUGUGACAAAAACGUGGGGCUGAUUUGCUGGAACAAAGACCAGCUGCCCCCCAUCUGCUACAACUACCAGAUCCGGAUCCUGUGCUGUGAGAUGGUGGACGUUUGCAGAACAAAGACCAGACCCCUGACCACACCUGGGCCCACACAGACGACCACAGGUGAAACCAGCAUCGCCUGGAGCGCCGCAACUUUCUCGUCUUCCACACGACACAGCGCUGCCAGCUCGGCUCAUGUGCCCCCGAGAACGAGGGUCACAGCCAGAACAACUGAGCAGUCCCCUCCGGGGACCACCUCCUGCCAGCCACGGUGCCUGUGGACCGAGUGGUUCGACGUGGACUUCCCAUCUCCUGGGCCCCACGGAGGAGACUUUGAAACCUACAGCAACAUCGUCAGGAGAGGAGGGAAGAUCUGCCACCGACCCGAGUGCACCAGCGCCCUGGAGUGCCGAGCCGAGGGCCACCCGGAUGUCAGCAUCCAGACGCUGGGCCAGGUGGUGCAGUGCAGCCCGGAAGUGGGCUUGGUGUGUCGGAACCGGGACCAGACGGGCAGGUUCAGGAUGUGCCUCAACUACGAGGUGCGCGUGCUGUGCUGCGAGCCCCGGAAAGGCUGCCCUGUCACACAUGUCACAGUUCCCAGCAGCUCACUCUCUCCAGAGUCCACCACCCCCACGGUUUCCCUGGUGACCUCCCCGAGCUCUGCAGCGCCCUCCACAUCCACGUGCUACUGCAGUGUGGCCCACAGGUUAUACCCCGCAGGAUCCAUCAUUUAUCAACAGACGGACCUCUCCGGGCACUGCUAUUAUGCCGUUUGCAGCCUGGACUGCCAUGUGGUCAGGCGGACCGACCACACCUGUCCCACCAGCACACCACCUCCCACCCCAGCCACCUCCACGCCAGCGUCCUCCCCUUCUGCCUCUGUGUCCGUUACUCAGCAAGGAUGCCCAAAUGCAGUCCCCCCAAGAAUGAAAGGCGAAACCUGGGCCAUGCCCAACUGCUCUGAGGCCACUUGUGAGGGCAACAGGGUCAUCACCGUGAGGGCGCGCCAGUGUCCAAAGGCGCAGAAGCCCAACUGCACCAACGGCCACCCUGCCGUGAUGGUGGCCAGCCGGGAGGACUGCUGCCCACACUACGAGUGCAAGUGCGUGUGUAGCCGCUGGGGCAGACCCCACUACGUCACUUUUGAUGGCACAUACUACACGUUUCUGGACAACUGCACGUAUGUGCUGGUGCAGCAGAUCGUGCCCGUGUUCGGACACUUCCGGGUGCUGAUCGACACCUACUUCUGUGAUGCUGAGGAUGGCCUGCCCUGCCUACAGUCCAUCAUCAUCGAGUACCAGCAGGACCGCGUCGUGCUGACCCGCAAGCCCGUCGGAGGGGUGAUGACCAAUGAGAUCAUCUUCAACGGUGAGGUGGUCAGACCCGGCUUCCAGAAAGACGGCAUCAUCGUCUCCCAAAUCGGCAUCAAGAUGUACGUGACCAUCACCGCCCUUGGUGUCCAGGUCAUGUUCAGUGGCCUCAUCUUCUCCGUGGAGCUGCCUUUCAGCAAAUUCGCCAACAACACGGAGGGGCAGUGCGGCACCUGUACCAAUGACCAGAAGGACGAGUGCCGCCUGCCCGGGGGGGUGGUGGUACCCUCCUGCUCCGACAUGUCCGGCCACUGGAAUGUGACAUACCCCGGCCAGCCAUCCUGCCACAGGCCUCCCCUGACGCCCACCACAGUUGAGCCCAAGAAAACGCCCACCUCGUGCCUACCUUCGCCAAUCUGCCAGCUAAUUCUGAGCAAGGUCUUCAAGCCGUGUCACUCGGUGGUCCCCCCGUGGCCAUACUACCAAGCCUGUGCCUUUGACCAGUGCCGCGUGCCCAGGGCAGACGUGGUGUGCUCCAGCCUAGAGCUGUACGCCGCCCUCUGUGCAUCCCUCAGCGUGUGCAUCGACUGGAGGGGCCUGACCGCCCACAAAUGCCCUUUCACCUGCCCUGCUGACAAGGUGUACCGGCCCUGCGGCCCGUCCAAUCCUUCCUACUGUUACAUGAACGACAGUGCCAAUACCCCGGCCCUCCCGGAAGCCAUUCCCAUCACAGAAGGCUGCUUCUGCCCGGAGGACAUGACGCUGUUCAGCUCAAGCACAGCAGUCUGCGUGCCGGCCAACUGCAGCAGUUGCCUGGGGCCCGACGGGGAGCCUGUGGAGCCUGGCCACACUGUCAGCGUGGGCUGCCAGGAGUGCACCUGCGAGGGCAGCACCUGGACUCUGAGCUGCCAGACUCGGCCCUGCGCCCUGCCCCCCACCUGCCCCGAGCCCGGCUUCGUGCCAGUGCCCGCAGCCCUGCAGACCGGCCAGUGCUGUCCCCAGUACACCUGCGUCUGCAACACCACACACUGCCCCGCGCCCGUGGACUGCCCAGGAGGCUCGCACUCCAUCCUGGCCUAUAAGGAAGGGGCUUGCUGCCCGACCCAAAACUGCAGCCGGACCGUCUGCAGCAUCAACGGCACCUUGUACCAGCCUGGUGCCUUAGUUUCUUCGAACCUGUGCGAAAAGUGUUGGUGUGAGUUGCCUGGUGGCCCCCAGUCGGACACGGUCAUGAUCAGCUGUGAGACCGAGAUCUGCAGCACCCGUUGCCCCGUGGGCUUCGAGUACCAGACACGGAGCGGGCAGUGCUGUGGCGAGUGCGUGCAGGUGGCCUGUGUCAUGAACACCAGCAACAGCUCUGCUCACCUCUUCUAUCCCGGCAAGUCCUGGUCAGACCCCGGGAGCCGCUGCGUGACACACAAGUGUGAGAAGCAGCAGGACGGGCUCGUGGUGGUGACCACGAGGAAGGCGUGUGCCCCCCUCAGCUGUCCAGCGGACAAGGCUCGGCUGAGCGAGGACGGCUGCUGCCUCUCCUGCCCCCAACCCCCAGCCCAGAACAGGUCGACCUGCGCCGUGUACCACGAGCUUCAGGUCCUCCGGCAGCGAGGCUGCAGCUCCGUGGGGCCCGUGCGCCUCACCUACUGCCGGGGCAACUGUGGGGACACCACCUCCAUGUACUCUUUGGAGGCCCGCGCCGUGGAGCACAGGUGCAAGUGCUGCCGUGAGCUGCGGGCCUCUCUGCGGAACGUGACCCUGCGCUGUGAGGACGGCUCCAGCCAGGCCUUCAGCUACACCGAGGUGCAGGAGUGCGGCUGCGUGGGCCUGCACUGCGACUCCCACGGGGGACCCGGCCGCUCAGGGGAGGUGCAGGUUGCUGAGCACAGCCAGGAGGCGGGGCUCAGGCGCUGGAGCAGAGGCGCCCCGGCUCCCCGGCCUUUGCCGUAG